CUCAGAGCCAGGUUUCCUCGGCUACCAUCGGCUGGUGGACCGCGCGUGGCGUCCUAGCUUUGCAGCUAUGGGGGCUACUGCAGGUUUGAAGGCAGACUGCGAGGCGCUGCUCAGCCGCUUCCAGGAGAUGGACAGCGUGCGCUUCGAGGACUUCACCGACCUCUGGAGGAGUAUGAAGUUCGGGACCAUCUUCUGUGGUAGAAUGAGAAAUUUAGAAAAGAACGCGUUUACAAAGGAAGCUUUGGCUUUGGCUUGGAGAUAUUUUUUACCUCCAUACACCUUCCAAAUCAGAGUUUGUGCUUUGUAUCUGCUGUAUGGAUUAUAUAACACCCAACUGUGUCAACCAAAACAAAAGAUUAGAGUUGCCGUGAAGGAUUGGGAUGAAAUUUUAAAAUUUCAGCAAGAUUUGAUAAAUGCACAACAUUUUGAUGCAGCUUAUAUUUUUAGGAAGCUACGACUAGACAGAGCAUUUCACUUUACAGCAAUGCCUACAUUGCUGUCAUACAGAAUGAAGAAAAAAAUUCAACGACCUGAAGUUACUGAAGACUUUAAGGACCCAAGUGAUCAUGUAAUGAAACUUAUCACUUCAGAUGUACUAGAGGAAAUGCUGAAUGUUCAUGACCAUUAUCAGAGAAUGAAACAUAUAAUUUCAGCUGAUAGAUCCAAUCCAGACAAAGCCCUCAGCUUGAUAAAGGAUGAUUUUUUUGACAAUAUCAAGAACAUAGUUUUGGAGCAUCAGCAAUGGCACAAAGACAGAAAGAAUCUAUCCUCAAAAUUGAAAGCUAAAGAUGGAGAAGAAAAGAGUGAAGGAAAUUCACAACAGUCAGAGAGAAGUGAAAGGGCAGAAUCAUUAGCGAAAAUAAAAUCAAGGGCCUUUUCAGUUUUUGUUGAGGCUUCCAAGUCAAGAAGGCAUCGUCAGGUCAAACUUGAUUCUUCUGACUCUGAUUCUGCAUCUAGUCAAGGAAAAACCAAAGCAACUAGGAAAAGAAUAAACAAAGAGACAUUGAAACCAGCAGGAGGGAAGAUGUCUUCCAGAAACAGAGGUGACAUGCAAAAUGUACAUACGGAAGAUAAAUCUUUAAGUCUGAGUAUGCCUGUAAUUACAGAAGAGGAAGAGGAGAAUGAAAGUUUUAGUGAAACAGAGUUCACUGCACCCAAGAGGAGAAGAAAACACAGAACAAAGAGCCUGGUGUAGAGUACUUAAUUUUGAGCUUUCUGACAGAAGAAAAGAUGUAUAUUUUGUGUAUUGAACAGGAAGACUGCAAGUAUUAAAAAUAGUUCUUCUGGGAAGCUGUAGGUAUUUCUUUGAAAUGUCAAUACUUUAAUAUAGUUCUAGAAUAAAAGUACAAAAAAUUAGAGUAUUACUCUAAAAUUUAAUUUUAACAUCUUUUGUGAAAUAUGCAUAAAUGAUAAAAUUUGGAUUUAGAAUGUAAUAGAAAUAAUUCUGUUAUUUGCAGAUUAUUGCUAUUUCCUACAACUUUUUUGUGCUAUUAUACUAUCUUAGUACAGUUCUGGAAGUGUUAGCUAUUCUAUUUAAAAUCUUUUUUCUUGAAAUAUUAAUGUUUAUUAUACGUAAAUGGCUAAUUAUUUUAUAUCUAGUUUGGUAAUGUUUGUUUAUGAUAUAUAUUAACUAUUUUAUAUAUUACGUUGUUAAGUGCAAUAAAGUUUUUGCCUUGUUUGCUUUAUUUUUUUAAUGUUUGAAACUUAUAUGGUCAGUAACUUAUGUGAUUGAUAACUUAGGAAGCUCAGUUUCUACUUCUGUAAUCAAUUAAGUAUUCUUUUGUGCUUGUUUUAAAGCUCUCUUUGGCCUAACAUGUCUAUAUGUAUACAUGUAUGUUUGUGUAGGUAUAGAUAUAUGUAUGUAUUUGUCCAAUUAUACAUAUAAUAUGAUUACUCAAUACAUUGUUUAGGUACAACAUUUAAAUACUGAUUAUUUCUAAUGAAACCUUUAAGAGUGGUAAUGUACAUUUCAGAAUGUGUCUGGUACAGAAAGUUGGUACUUACAGAAAAAAAUUCAAUAGCUUCAUGACUGUGCCUUUCUGUUAAUUUAUCAUUUGAGAGAUUUAAACGGAGAUUGCUUUAGCCAUGGUGUUUGAAUUGCUGCUGAUAGCAGACCAUCUCACAUCAUGUGGCUGGCUCAGCCUGUCUUAAAAUUGAUUAAACUCCAUGUUGUUUUCCAGUGUGGUAUAUUCAGGAAUUCUACAAAUGCCCCGUGAGUGAAAAUGUGUGUAAUCUUUUAAAAUCAAAAUACUAACACUAGCCCAGACAAAACUUCGCUUAUUAGAAUCUGUGCUGUCGCAUUAGCCGUGAAACAAAAUUGUUUCCCUUGACUGUUUCCCUUGUUUUCCUUGACUUCAGAUGUUUCUGGUAACAGAUAGGACAGUUUUCAUGAUGUGGAUAUUGGGCAGAGCUUCUGGGGUUUAAAUAUUCUAAUGUUGGGAUCCAUUAUUGGCCACUUGUAUACCGGGUUAUUUGCUAGGAUUUGUAUAAACAUUAAAGUUUACAGACAUUGUACAGCUAACACAGUGAGUUGCCCUCUUAUUUUUUUCACAACAGUACUUUUAAAAGGUAUCAUUUCACUUGUACAGUGAAGAAACUGUACCUCCGGAUGGUAAGUGCCUUGUCCACAUCCACAGAGUUAGUUACCCCAUCUGGGGUACAGAUACAGGGCUCUGGCCUAUAAUUUCAGAGUCGUUUUUUGUAAGCCAACAGAGAUGGAAAUCCAGACUGACUGCAAGAAGUAAAACCCCACUUCAGAAUGGCUUAAACAGUAAGGAAAGUUUAUCUGAAACCAGUUGAGCCUCAGGUGCGGGGCAGUCUGGGUUAUGUAGUACAUUAGUUCCAUGAUGCCUUCAUUUCCCAGGUGUGGGUCUUUAGGGAAAGCUUUAUAUCAGUGUGGAGAACUGUUUACCUGCCAAGUUAGCAGACUCUUGCCUAGGACCAACCUUGCAAAGAAAGCCUUUUUAGGACAGCAGUCUCAGGCCUGCUCUGUUAACUUCUGCACAGUUUCGUUUCAUUUUUCACUAUUUCAAACAAUGCUGCAUUGAUCUUUGUGUGUAUAUCUUGUCUCACUCAGGUUGGUAUUGUUGGAUACCAACAAUACUGUUGGAUAAACCUAAUCUACACAUAAAUUUGUUUGUUAAACGCUGUGUAUAUAUAAAAUGUUGUUAAUUACUGCCAAAUUGAACUCCAAAAAGCCUGCCAAUUUACAUUCCUACUAACAGUAUUUGCAAGGGACCCUCCAUUACACUGGUUAUCAAUCUUUGUAAUUGUUGACAGUUGAAUACAGUCAGGAUCUUAAGAGCAGAAAAUGUAGAAAGAUUGACAAAGAGUAACAAAAUUGGAUUAAGCUGAUGUGACUUGCUAUAUGGUUACAUAUGACAAUGUAGUGCUUUAGCUGAUAGCAAAUUUUUCAUGAAUAUAUUUUGAAGAUAGGGUGUGAAGCACUUGAUAGAUUUGCUUUAGAUGUGAAAUUGAAGCUUACGGGGCAGAGUUCCAAUAGAACAUAUUUGUGUUUAACGGUGGGUUUUCAGAAUUAAAAUAUGGUGUCCAAAUACUGGUUACCUAUUAAAGUAAGCUAUUUGUAUUGUCAACUGAUUAUAAUAAAAUGGCACCAAGUUGUACAUACAUGAUUUUAAUAUGAAAUAUUUAUGAAAUUAAUGUUUUGUGGGAGA